UUUUUGUUUUCCUCCGUGAAUCUCACCCGCAGACGAAUACGUAUGUGCUGACUCCGGACCUAAAAAAUUUGGCCUGCUUCAGGAGUCGAAUAUUUUUUCCGGGUUAUGAGCCCUUUAUUCGCUCCGAAGAGCGGCCGCACUUUGAUUUGGACUCGGUACUGCUUUCGAUUCGAGGAUGGAGGAGGAAGACGAUAAGAAAAAGGUCGUGAAAAUAGCUAUUCCUCAAGCCAAGGAAGAAGACAGCGACAGCGAUGAUUGCUAUGAAAUCGAUCCAAUCGAUUUCACCAGAAAGCUUGCAAUCAGAUCUUACGACGACGAUUGCUAUGAAAUCGAUGCAAUCGAUUUCACCAGAAAGCUUGUAAUCAGUACUUCCGACGACGACGGCGUCGCCAUCGUUUCCGAGAAGGGGCAUGUGGCUCUCAGGGAUUUUCCACAUCCAAGACAUCUCUGCGGCAACUUUCCUUUUAGCAGAACUAGACAUGAAACCUAUUGCAGCAAGGUUUGAUUUUGAUCAAGUCCAUUUAUUUACAUAGUUUGGG